UGGCUCUUGUUCUAGCAUAAAACUGGAUCCAACUACAGCAAUUUCUACAGUAUAUAAAGAGAUCUUCAAUACUCAAACAUGUUAUUCCAGAUUUUUAGCACUUGGAUGGAUGGACGAAUCAAUAAUUGAACAGCUAUUAACAGAUAAUCAUGGUGGACUGGGAUAUAAGUCUUCACUUCUUCGUAAUGUAAAUGGAACAAGCAUUCUAUACUUUUCAACGAUAGAAGAUGAUUUUUGUGCAGUUGAGGUUCAUAAAGACUUUGAAAUUAAAAACCGGAUUAAAGGGUCAUCUCCAAAUGAAGAAAGUCAAACUAACAUCGUCAAACUUUAUUCAAGUCUUGGAGAUAUUUAUCCUCUGGAUUACCAAUUUAGUAAUUGUGAAAUAAGUGCUUGGCGUGCGAUGCUUUGUGCAAGUAGUUGUCAAAAUAUAACUGCAUGGGCACCUAAAGAAUCAAAG